AUCGGCAGGUCCCUGGUGGAAUGCAUUUAGUUCUGUUCCUUUCAUUUCCUUCAGCUGUUGAAGACAUGUCGUCCACGGUGCUGCUGAAUCUGCUGCGUUGUGCUCGCUGCACCGGUCGAACCUUCCUCCAAUCCUCCGCACAAACCUCCCCAGCCUCUGGACAGGUGGGCGGGGCCUUGUUGGGGGUGGUGGGGGUGCGGCGGGCCAGCGGGUCGGUCUGUUUGAACGUUGACGACAGAGGCCGACCGGUGACCUGGGACUCAUUUGGUAUCUGGGACAACAGGAUAGAGGAACCAGUGCUGCUGCCGUCCAGUAUCAGAUAUGGGAAACCAAUUCCACAGGUGAGUUUAUCCCGGGUCGGCAGUGCGUCAGUCUUGGGUCUCAGGAAGCAGAACGAGGACCGUCUCCGUGUGGCCCGUAUCCAUGACAACCUGCUGUACUUCGCCGUGUUCGACGGCCAUGGCGGCCCUCACGCCGCAGACUACUGCUACACCUUCAUGGAGAAAUUCAUCAGAGACGCUCUGGAGGACGAGGACGACCUGGAGAAGGUUCUGAAAAAAGCCUUUUUAGACGCGGACAGCGCUCUGCACACACACCUGAGCUACUUCAACAACGCCUCCUUCCUGACGGCCGGCACCACGGCGACGGUGGCUUUGCUACGUGACGGCGUGGAGCUGGUGGUCGGCAGCGUCGGCGACAGCCGGGCGAUGUUGUGCCGGAAGGGACGAGCAACCAAACUCACCAAGGACCACACACCUGACUGCAAGGACGAGAGACACCGGAUCCAGAGGUUUGGCGGCUUCGUGACGUGGAACAGUGUCGGCCAGGCCAACGUUAACGGGCGGCUCGCCAUGACUCGCAGCAUCGGCGACUUCCACCUGAAGAACAGCGGCGUCAUUGCUGAGCCGGAUACGAGACGACAGACAGUGCGUAGAAAAUCAGAUAUAUACUUGACAACGGAGAUUUGGGUUCUGUUUUUUAUCGUUGGGGGAAACCUGAGAUCCAGUUGGUCUCUGCAGGUCCAACACGCCAACGACUCCUUCCUCGCUCUGACCACUGAUGGCAUCAACUUCCUGCUGAGUGACCAGGAGGUCUGCGAUGUGAUCAACCAGUGUCAGGACCCAACGGAGGCAGCGGACGUCAUCGCUCAGCAGGCGCUGCAGUACGGCUCAGAGGACAACGGCACCAUCAUCAUCGUCCCGUUGGCAGCGUGGGGGAAACAUCAGAGCUCCACCAUCGUCUACAGCAUGAGCAGGAACUUUGCCUCCAGUGGCAGAUGGGCGUAGACAUCAAACACUUGAAGGACGCAAACAGUUUCGAUCUUUUUCAAACUGAUGAUCUUUAAAUUCCCCUGAACUCUGACGAGUCCCC